GUUGCGCCACCGUUCAUCAACACACCCACAGCAGGGAGGCGAGGCAGCAAUCUCUACUGCUCUUCUUCCUCCUCCUCCUCUCACUCAUCAAACAAACCAACACUUGCAGUUUUGAUCUCAAUCCAAAUCAACAGCCACAAUGCUGCCGCCGCGGCGGAGGCCGACGCGCCUCCCCUUCCUCCUCCGCUGCUGCUGCGCCGCGCUCCUCCUCCUGCUCACUCCACCGCCCGCCGCCGCUCAAGGCCACCACCGCCACCACCCCGCGGGCGACGGCGUCGUCAUCUCCCAGGCCGACUACCAGGGCCUGCAGGCCAUCCGCCACGACCUCGCCGACCCCUACGGCAUCCUCCGCUCCUGGAACGACUCCGGCCUCACCGCCUGCUCCGGCGCCUGGGCCGGCAUCAAGUGCGUCCUCGGCAGCGUCGUCGCCAUCACGCUCCCAUGGCGGGGGCUCGGGGGCACCCUCUCCCAGCGCGGCCUCGGCCAGCUCACCCGCCUCCGAAGGCUCAGCCUCCACGACAACGCCAUCGCGGGCCCCAUCCCGGCCUCGCUCGGAUUCCUCCCCGACCUCCGCGGCGUCUACCUCUUCAACAACCGCUUCUCCGGCGCCGUCCCCGCGUCCAUCGGAGGAUGCGUCGCGCUCCAGUCCUUCGAUGCCAGCAACAACCGCCUCACCGGCGCCGUCCCGCCCGCCAUCGCCAACUCCACCAAGCUCAUCCGCCUCAACCUCAGCCGCAACGCGCUCUCCGAUCAGAUCCCCGCCGAGGUCGUCGCCUCCGCCUCGCUCCUCUUCCUCGACCUCUCCUACAACAACCUCUCCGGCCCCAUCCCCGACGCCUUCGCCGGCUCCACCAAGUCGCCUUCUAAGCUCCUCCUCAACAAGGACUCCAUCACCGGGAGCUACCAGCUCGUCUUCCUCAGCCUCGCGCACAACUCCCUCGACGGGCCCAUUCCCGAUUCCCUCACGAAGCUCACCAAGCUGCAGCAGCUCGACCUCGCCGGGAACAACAACCUCAACGGCACCAUCCCCGCCGAGCUCGGCUCCCUCGCCGACCUCAAGGCGCUCGACCUCUCCGGCAACGACCUCAGCGGCGACAUCCCGCCGAGCCUCGACAACCUCACCGCCACGCUCCAGUCAUUCAACGUCUCCUACAACAACCUCUCCGGCGCGGUGCCGGCGUCCCUCGCCAACAAGUUCGGGGAGCCCGCCUUCAUCGGGAACAUCCUGCUCUGCGGAUACUCUGCUUCCACGCCCUGCCCGGCGUCCCCGUCCCCGGCGCCAUCUUCAACCGCCGAGGAGGCGCGCGGCCGCCGCAAGUUCAGCACCAAGGAGCUCGUACUCAUCAUCGCCGGGAUCGUCGUCGGCGUCCUCAUCCUGCUGCUCCUCUGCUGCCUCCUGCUGUGCUUCCUCACAAGGAAGAGAUCGUCUUCCACCAGCACAAGUGCAGCAAGGAGCGGGAAGCAGGCGCCCAAGGAUGCCGCGGCGGCCGGGCGCAGCGAGAAGCCAGGGUCCGGCGCGGCGGAGGUCGAGUCCGGCGGCGACGUGGGCGGCAAGCUCGUGCACUUCGACGGGCCGCUGGCGUUCACGGCGGACGACCUGCUGUGCGCCACGGCGGAGAUCUUGGGGAAGAGCACCUACGGCACGGUGUACAAGGCCACGCUGGAGGACGGCAGCCUGGUUGCCGUCAAGCGCCUCAGGGAGAAGAUCACCAAGGGCCACAAGGAGUUCGAGGCCGAGGCGGCCUUGCUCGGCAGGAUCCGCCAUCCCAACCUGCUGGCGCUCAGGGCCUACUACCUGGGGCCCAAGGGGGAGAAGCUGCUCGUCUUCGAUUACAUGCCCAAGGGCAACCUCUCAACAUUCUUGCACGCUCGCGCACCGAAUACGACGGUGGACUGGGCGACACGGAUGACAAUCGCCAAGGGCACAGCCCGUGGCCUGGCCUACCUCCACGACGACAUGAACAUCGUGCACGGCAACCUGACCGCCAGCAACGUCGUCCUCGACGAGCAAUGCAACCCCAAGAUCUCCGACUUCGGGCUGUCCCGUCUCAUGACGACCGCGGCGAACUCGAACGUGCUGGCGGCGGCGGGCGCCCUGGGGUACCGCGCGCCGGAGCUGUCGAAGCUGAAGAAGGCGAACGCGAAGACGGACGUGUACAGCCUGGGCGUGAUCAUCCUGGAGCUGCUGACAGGCAAGAACCCCGCGGAGAGCACCAACGGCAUGGACCUGCCGCAGUGGGUGGCGUCCAUCGUGAAGGAAGAAUGGACCAGCGAGGUAUUCGACCUGGAGCUGAUGCGCGACGCCGCCGCGGGGCCCGUCGGCGACGAGCUGAUGGACACGCUGAAGCUGGCGCUGCACUGCGUGGACCCGGCGCCGUCGGUAAGGCCCGAGGCCCGGGAGGUGCUGCGGCAGCUCGAGCAGAUCAGGCCUGGAUCGGAUGGCGGCGCCGGGCCGAGCGAGGAAGGUGCCGGCGCGCAUGUGCCAGUGGCUUCUGCAGGAGACGAUGAGUAGCAGCAGCAGCAGCACGAGCGCGCGGCAACAGCCAAGAAUCGCGAGAAGAAAAGCAAUGGUUUAUUAGCUAGAAAAGAGAUAUCUAGGAAUUCUUUGAUUCGUUUAAUCCUGAAGUAUUACUUCUACUUCUACCACUGGGGGAUCGGAAUAUCGGAUCACCCCUUAGUUUUUGCGUUUACUAGGUAAUUUUCAGUUUGUAUAGGCAAAUAUUAUUUGCACUCGCACUAGAAUCAGCGGCUGUAUGUAGCAGCCUAGGAGCAAGGAUGGGAAAGAGGAGAAAUACUACUGCUAUAAUAAUGCAUAUUUUAUUUAUUUGAUUAC